AUGGCCUCUCGACGAACGGCGAACCCGGCUGCGGAGCGGGCAGCAAAGAACCAACUGGUUAUCAAAAAUUUGCUGAAAUUGGAAUGCAAUAAGAUUUGCGCCGAUUGCAAGCGGAAUAAACACCCGAGAUGGGCCAGCUGGAAUAUUGGCGUUUUCAUUUGCAUUCGCUGCUCCGGCAUCCAUAGGGGUAUGGGUACGCAUAUCAGCCGAGUAAAAUCAGUCGAUCUUGACACUUGGACGGAUGAACAACUACAGAGUGUGCUUAAAUGGGGAAAUGCAAGAGCUAACAAGUUCGUUAUCCUGUACCCAUUCCGUUGCAAGCGGGAUCACAAAGCCACGAGUGCGCAUGUAUUAACGGGUAUAUCGAUCUCUAGGUACUGGGAAGCAAAGCUUGCUACCGGGCAUGUCCCUUCAGAGUCGAAAAUGGAGAAUUUCAUCCGAACCAAGUAUGAAUCAAAACGGUGGGUGAUGGACGGGCCCAUGCCUGAUCCAUCAACGCUCGAUGUUGAUGAAGGUGACGAUAAUAUGCCGUUGGCCAUCGUCCAGGAGAAAGCCAAGCUAGAACGAUCUACGUCCCAUCGCGCUGCAUCAACAGUGAGCCAGCCUGCGUCGCGUCGACCAGGACAGUCAAUCAAUCUUUUCGACGACGAAUCCCCGACUCCCCCUGAGAGACCUAAUACCACAGACUUACCAGGUGUCCGUCCUCCAACAACGAAUUCCUCCAUGCCUUCUGCAACUGCAGCUCCUAAGCCAAAUAAACCGGCCGAUUCAUUACUUGGCUUGGAUUUCUUUGGCUCUGCUCAACCAGCGGCAAACCGUUCAUCGGGCACUACGUCAUCCAAUGUAGGCUCCACUGGCCCUUCGAGACCUGACCUUAAACAAUCUAUUCUAUCUUUAUACGCAUCAGCGCCCAAGCCGCAAGCCCCGGCCCAGCACGAACGCAAUACUUCAUUUAGAUCAUUUUCUCCCCAACCACAGCAACAAGGCAGGUCACAGUCAGAUGCGUUUGGUGAACUUACGGAUGCUUUUAGUGGAUUGAGCUUUCCGUCAACCACAUCUCCUCCCCCCGAGAAACUCGAUGCGUUUUCGAACCUCGGAUCCUUCAGUCCUCCCAAGUCCCCAAACACAGCACCAAAAAUUUCUUCUCCACCACUCAAAGGUAGUGGGUUUUUUGAUUCUGUCCCAAACUCACAGAGAUCGACCUCUUCCGGGCGAGAUUUCAACCCUGUCAGCGCCACUGUAGGAUCUACAAAGUCGGCAGCAGCUCCCCCCGCCACUUCAACGAGUUCCUUUGACUUAUUCUCAUCCAUGUCAACCACCACUCCCACGCUACCUCCCUCAGUUCCACCAAAAACAGAAAAUACAACUUCUCCCUUCAACCUCUCGGCUUCGUCAAAAGGGCCCGUUCCUACGGCUCCACCCACCAACACUACUAACGUCGGUAACCUGCUCUCAGGCAGCGCUAUAGACCCAUGGGGCGGCGGUGCUUGGAACAAAACGGAAGCGACUUCCCCCACUAGCAAACAGUCUAUUUCGUCCAUGAUGAAGGUCCCCGAGAAAAUCACUGCCAACGACAUUGGCUCGGGAUGGGGAUCGCAAUCUCCUACUACGACAAAACCGACGCCGACUGUUGCCGCUGAUGAAGAUUUCGGCGGAUGGACAAGCGCCCCUCCCCCAGGUCCGAUUAGUAGUGCCACCUCGAAGCCGAAGCCGACUGGGGGCUUUUCGGGAAGCGAUGAUUUGUUCUCCAAUGUGUGGGAGUGA